AUGAACACCCCGGUAGUUGCUGGCGUGCACGGAGGGGAGAGAGAGAAGGAGAAGAUGGUGAAGUUCUCCAAGCAAUUCGAGGGCCAGCUGGUCCCCGAGUGGAAGGAGGCCUUCGUCGAUUACUGGCAGCUGAAGAAGGACCUCAAGAAGAUGCAGAAGCCUCCCGGCGGCCAAACACCUCCCCAGAGGCCUUCCCGGCCUUCGCUCAGCAGAGCUCUUCUCUCUCCGCUCGCCAUGUUCGCCCGGUCCUUCGGCUACGGGCGAGAACGGGACCAUGGCGUCAUCCAGGCAUCUCUCUCUCUCUCUCUCUCUCUCUCUCUCUAACACUGAUCACCUUGGUAUCUCUGAUAAUCUCCGCUCAAUCGCGUACCACACAAGAACCCAAUUCGAGAUUAAAAUGAUAAUAACUGCAUUAUGAUGCCAUAUUUUGAUUACGUAUCUAUCCUUUCUCAUCCAAUGCUGGAUUACGGCUUGUCUCCCUCUCUGUCUCUCUCUCUCUCCUUCUCCAUACGUAUUUGUCUGUUUCUCGACUGUGUUCAUCUUCUCAAAGGUCCCAUUAUCCAUGCAUAGAAGCCAUCAAGGGGGAUACUAAUAUAGACCCUGAGUUGACAUAUCGGCUUCUUCUGGUUAUCAGGUUCACAAGAAACUGGGUUCGUCGGCGAGCAAGGGAGAUCUGUACGAGACAGAGCUGCUGGAGCAGUUCGCCGACACCGAUGCGGCGAAGGAGUUCUUCUCCCGAUUGGAUCUCCAGCUGAACAAGGUGAACCAGUUCUACAAGGCCAAGGAAGGGGAGUUCCUGGAGAGAGGGGAGUCGCUGAGGAGGCAGAUGGAGAUCCUCGUUGAGCUCAAGGCCACGCUGAAGCAGCAGCGCAGGGGUGGCUCCUCAGCGGGCGACUCCAAGGACGACCCCUCCAUAUCCUGCUCUAUCGCCUGCGGUAUGUAGAAAGAGAAAAACCAGGAAGCUCAAGCAUCUUCCCUCCCCACCCCCUUGAUUCAUUUUCAUUUGGCGAUGGCCAGGGUCAGUCCUUGCCAGGUCAGGGGGGGGCUUUCACGAGGCCCCUAUAAAAGCCCGGAAGACGGGCUACAACCCUGCAUAUGCACCCAUAAGAGCGUCAGAGAGAAGAGAGAGGAUAGAAAAGGAGAGAGAGAGAGAGAGAGUACGUCUUCGCAGCUGUGGCGUGGAAAAUGGGUUCUCCACCCAUGGAUCUAAUCUUAUCCAAGUCCGAAAUCUGACGGCACAAAGAUCGGGUUAGACUUAUUUUCUCCUCCAAUCUUGACUUUGAGAAGUAGAUUUCCACAAAAAUCAGGUCAAUUAGGGAUCGAAUAUUACCCAGCUCAUUUACACCCGUAAUCCUGACGUGGUUCUCCUUUCCGAGUCAUUCCCUAAUCUUACUUUUUGUUAAAAACAUGAUCUUUUUAUUAAAAAACUUGGGCUUUUUUGAAUGAUACCGCCCGGUAUUUGGCUAGAAAAGCGAUCAGAUUACUAGGCUUCCUCAGUUGAGUAGAAUAUCUAUGCGGGUAUAUAUAACUUUUGGGUGUUGUUUUAUAUAUUCUAAUACUUUGGUGGAAACGGAUAAUCAUAAGAUUGCUUUUGCAAACAUUUCGAUAAUAUGACUUCUAAAGCUAUCUCUUCAUGGAUUCUUUCCCAAAUGGAAGGGAAGAAUGGGUAGCUCUAGGAUGCUGUUCUCGUUCGACUAGUGGGCAUGAACAUUCAGACCCUCUCUCUCUCUCCUUCCUCACAGCUCUCUCCCGACACGGGACCGAAAAUUCAUGAUGAUAUUUCUAGAAUUCUUCUAAGGUGUUUAAAACAUCAUGGAUUGCAGAGGAGGACUCGAUCAAGCGCGGAGGAGAUGAUGACGACCAGCUCCAGGAGUGCCCAGUCUGCGACCUCGACAAGAAAGAUCCGCAGGCGGCCGAGUCACCAGUGGGAGACGACCCGGACAAGUUGGACAAGGCGAAGAGAGAGGAAGGGAGGCCCAGCGGCCUCUCCGGUGGGGUCUUCAGCUGCCAGGGAAAGAGCCUGAGGAUGAACAUCCCGCUAACAACCCCGUCAAGGACCAUCUCCGCUCUCACCUCCCUCCUGUGGGAAGAUCUGGUGAGCCAGCCCAAGAAGUUGGGAUCUGAGGGAAACGGCAGGCUCAGCGUCAACCGGGCCAAGCUCCACCGCGCCGAGAAGAUGAUACGCGGCGCCUUCGUGGAGCUCUACAAAGGGUUGGGCUAUCUCAGCACCUACCGGUAAAUCCUUCUCAGCGAAAAAUGCACGAACGUCUGUUGCGCAUGGGCGGCAUUUUUUACUCGCCUCAUCGGACUUAUCUUCCGUGAUUCACGCAGGAACUUGAACAUGAUGGCUUUUGCGAAGAUCCUGAAGAAGUUCGACAAGGUUAGGCCACGGCCACGCGGCGGCCAUGGAAAUCUUGGGGUUUCCCAAGUUCCGCCAUGAAUAAUGGUUCUCUUGUUGCAGGUUACCGGGAAACAAGUGCUUCCAAUCUACCUCAAGGUCGUGGAGAGCUCAUACUUCAAUAGCUCGGACAAGGCGAUCAAGCUGAUGGACGAGGUGGAGGAGCUCUUCGUCAAGCACUUCACGGAGGAAGACCGACGGAAGGCCAUGAAGUACCUCAGACCCAACCAGCGCAAGGACUCACACUCUCUCACCUUCUUCAUCGGUAAGAAGACAACCUCUGCGAUGGGGCGUCGUCCCUCUCCUCCGUGACCUUCCUCCACCGUCUCUCAUGGCCUCUUAACCUUAUCUCCUUCUCCAGGUCUCUUCACCGGUUGCUUCAUCUCGCUCUUCGUCGGAUACUGCAUUAUGGCCCAUGUCGCAGGGAUGUACACUCAGAGAUCUGACUCCAUUUACAUGGAGACCACCUACCCUGUCCUGAGGCAAGUUCAUCCUCCCUCCCUCUCUCUCUCUCUCUCUCUCUCUCUCUCUCUCUGUGCUCUUGAAUAAGGAAACCCUGGAAGAUGUUUCUCUCUCGUUGCAGCAUGUUCAGCCUUCUGUUCUUGCACCUUUUUCUCUACGGGUGCAACAUCUUCGCGUGGAGGAUGACGAGGAUAAACUAUAGCUUCAUCUUCGAGUUCGCCCCCACCAGGGAGCUCAAGCACAGGGACGUGUUCUUGAUCUGCUCCACCGCGAUGAGCGUGGUGGUGGGGGUGAUGUUCGCUCACCUGUCGCUCACUGUGAGGGGCUACUCUUCUGGCCACGUCCAAGCCAUCCCGGGCCUUCUGGUUCUGGUAAUCAUCCUCAACGUGCUCAAUUUCAUUAGUAUCUGUUAAAUAACUUCUCAAAGAACAUUCAUAGUUUCAAUUCCAUCCGAGAUAAAACCCGGAUUUGAAGUAGAAUGGAGAAAUUGGAGUCUCGUUCGAUGCCUGGCUCGGUAUGAUAAUAUAAGAGCGAGAGAGAGAGAGAGAGAGAGAAAGAAAGAGAGAGAGGUGAGCUACCAUUAAGGUAAUCUUGAGACAUUUGCAUUGCGUGAUUCCCUGAAUAUGAAAAAUCUAGGAGUAACUCUCCCCAUUGAGAAGCCUGCUUAUCACCCACGUGGUAUACUCCCAGAGAGGUAGCCUAGCCUAUACGGGAGAGAUCAAAGUGGAGCACAAUCAUCAAACUUAGUCUCUCUCACGCAGAUGUUCUUGGUCCUCCUCGUGUGCCCCUUCAACAUCCUCUACCGGCAGACCCGCUACCGCUUCAUCGGAGUCAUGAGGAGCAUCGUCCUCUCUCCUUUCUAUAGGGUAAGAAGCUCAUCUCAUCUCUCCGGCGAGUGGACGUCCAGCGGCGGCCAUUGAGAUCCUCCCUCCGAUGGUUUCAGGUGGUUAUGGUGGAUUUCUUCAUGGCCGACCAGCUGUGCAGCCAGGUUGUCAUCCUCCUCCUACUCCACCCAUUUCCUUGGAAACUUGCUUCAUGUUUCAGAGAGAUCUCACCGCUGGUCAAGAGAUCAACCUGCGCAGGUUCCCAUGCUGAGGAAUCUGGAAUAUGUCGCCUGCUACUACAUAACGGGAAGCUACAAGAGACAAGACUACGGCUUCUGCAGCACCACCACGCACUACAGAGACCUCGCCUACGCCGUCUCCUUCCUCCCCUACUACUGGAGAGCCAUGCAGGUCUCCACAUGACCAGAAAGCUACAGAUUUCGUUCAUUUCAGCUCAUUCUCAGUCGGUGAUUCUGAGAUGAUGAUGGCCCUGCAGUGCGCUCGGAGAUGGUUUGACGAAGGGCAGACGAGCCACCUGGCAAACCUCGGCAAGUACGUGUCCGCCAUGCUGGCGGCGGGGGCCAAGGUGGCGUACGAGAAGGAGAAGGGCAUGGGGUGGCUCUCCCUCUUCGUCAUCGCCUCCAGCUUCGCCACCGCUUACCAGCUCUACUGGGACUUUGUCAAGGACUGGGGGCUCCUCCAGGUCAACUCCAAGAAUCCUUGGCUCCGGAACGAGCUCAUUCUCCGCCGCAAAUCCGUCUACUACUUCUCCAUGGUAGACAACCUCUUACAUCGACCGCUGUAAUUAGGUAGAUUCAGCUUUUGUGAUCAGAAUAUACGUUAAUAGCGGUGGAAUUCGCAGGUUCUGAACUUCGUCCUUAGACUGGCGUGGCUACAGAGCGUCCUCCACCUCAACUUCGCCGGAUUGGACUACAGAGUCACCGCCUUCUUCUCAGCGGCGCUCGAGGUGCUCCGGCGAGGGCUGUGGAACUUCUACAGGUCGGUCCUCGAGCUUAGGCUCGCUCUCGACUGCCUCUGAGAGCUUUCCCUUUUCAGAAAAUCAUGGCAUCGGAUCUUUCGCAGGCUGGAGAACGAGCAUCUGAACAACGUCGGUAAGUUCCGUGCGGUGAAGACGGUGCCGCUCCCCUUCCACGAGGUGGAUGAGGAUUGA